AUGGCCUACGACAUCCCUCCUGGACGACAUGCCGUGCUCGCUGGACGCAGACUCGGCAGAUUACAAGAUCACAAGAAAGACUUCGUGAACAAGCAGAUGCCCUUUGUACAGAAGGUCGUCGCGAACCUAUCGCAUCAUCUUCUAACCAACCAGGAUCAGGAGCCGAAGACUGUCGCCAUGCGGGAGAAAUGUGUGGGAUCUGUGCUUACGAUGCUAUCAACUAUGCAGAAUAUAUAUCAGUCUUUGCCGGCAGACUCAGACAAGCGGGAGAAGUACACAUCCUUCUGCCAACAGGUCCAUGGCUGCCUAUCGUCGUUUCCGAACCUCAAGACAAAUACUCGUUUGGCUGCUCUUAUCCAGUGGGCUGGGGCGCUCUGA